UUUUUUAAUUUGGAAUAUACCUCCAGAGUCCAAGUGUUAAAAGCUUGGUCUCAAACCCCUGUCACUUUCAGGAGGUGGUGGCAGUGAGAGGUCUUCAGAUUGUAGAGGGCACACCCUUGACAAAGGUGGUAGGAUGCAGCCCUUUUCUGUCUCUUUUUCACUUUCUGUUCAUGAAGCUGGGAUUUUGCUUUGUCAUGCACUGCCACCUGUCCUUUGGAACUUUCUGGAGGUGAGCUAUUACUAGAGCAUGGAGACCGUGUGGUUGAAGUCAAUGGAGGGUUCAUUGGUGGAGGCAAUAUCCACAUUGAUGAUGAUGAAGCCAAUGUAGAGACCAGAAGCCAAUAAACUAAAUUUGCUCCCUUCCCCCGACUUUUACCAUCUGGUCUCAAGGACUCAGGUGGUGCUACAGAGAACAUAUCUGUCUAUCUGUGAGAGGAGCAGAGAACCUAACUCUAUAACCUUUUCUUUAUAAAUUAUUCCUAUUUGACAUGAUAUUUUAGGAAGUCUUUCAUAUCACAAGGUUUUAGGCAAGAGACCAGCUACUAGAGAGGGUUUGCUUCUCCCAAACUAUCUGUCCCUUGGGGGUGAACGUUAUGCAAGCAACUGGCCUUUGUCUAAUUGCUUUGAUAAGACACACAGCAAGAGCAACUUAGAGAAGGUGCAGUUCAUUUCGGCUCACAGUUCCAGAGGAUAAAGAGCACUGUGACAGGGAACAUGGGCAGCACGGCUUGGGGUGACUGGUCGGUCACAUUGCAUCCAAGUCAAGAAACAGAUGAACACUGCAGCACCUUUUCAUUCAGCACAAGACACCAGGUCGGAGGUACAAGAGGUACUGCCCACAAUUAGGGUGGGCCUUUCCACUUCCGUUGACCUAAUCAAGAAAAUCCCUCACAUCCACGUCCAGAGGUUUGUUUCCACGGUGAUUCUAGAUCCGGACACAUUGACAACAUUAACCAUCACAUAGGUAUCUUUCAUAGAUUCCACUAAAGAUGAACACAGGCAACCAAACUGAUGGAGAUGUGCUGCCUCCCUGCAAGGGAUCUCAAAGGAAUGAAGGCAAGACAGACGUUCACAGAAGCUGGGAUCACAUGGUCUGGACUCUCUCUUGGAAAAGGCUGCAGAACCCUGGAAGCCUAGCAUGUUUACUACAUAUAGCUGGACACAUAGACAGGGUUACAGUUCAAUACACAGUUGAAUUAAGAUGUCAGGGUUUAUAGUAUGAACAGAGAGACAGGCUUAGCUAAUCACUAGGAGCAGUUUCAGUAGGGGAGCAGUCUUCAGGCUGUAAAUAUCCAGGAAGACAAAGCUACACUGUCAGCAUUAGAAUUUGAGACAGGAGGGAUGGCUUUUCCACUCCCAUGGAUCUAAGGUAAUGGGCUCCUUGAUAUGGCUAUGUCCAUAUCAAACAAAAUACACAUUCACCAGGGCUUCACUCAUUCCAGAGAUAGAAAAAGAUAACAUUCAAGCUUGGCAAGAAGGUGGAGAGACAGGCACCACACUUCACAUGUCACACAGAACACAAACCAUGCCUCUCUGAAGAGCCACUGGGUACUUGGUAUGUAGCAUACGUCUGAAAAAUCUUUAGGCUCAUACACCCAGUAGUUCCAUUUCUAUUUAGCUCCAGCUGAAGUUCAGACCUGUGGAUAGAGGUACAUACAAAGGAGCUUAAUCUAACAUUUUUUCUGUGAGCAAAAAUGUUGAACUACCAUUCGGCAACAGGGAAAUGUUUAAAAAAUUACGAUAUAGUUUCAUGGGGACCAUUAAGCAAAACAAAAACAAACAAACAACUUCCAGGUAAACUAUCACAGCCAAAGCCUGUAGGGAACCAUUCUGGGGCUGCCGCUGAUGCGCAUGCGCGGGCGCGGGGUGGGACCUUGCCCGGCUCACCCUGAGCCACAGCCACGCCUACCUCAGUUCUCUAACACGUGAUCCAGUGAGCCAGACUCUGCCCAGUGAGCUGCCCAGCCCGGGGCCGAGCCCGGGGUAGUCGUGCAGCCUUCGUGACCUCAGAACCCGGCGGUUCCCGCGCCGGGCAAGCGUGACCUCGACCGCGGGGAACCGUAAGGGGAGGAGCCGCCCGGAGGCGGGACUGUCAGUCCGGGUGCGAGGGAAGCUGUUUACCUUGCGUGAGGAACAUGGUGAAGCUGAUUCACACACUGGCGGAUCACGGUGAUGACGUCAGCUGCUGCGCCUUCUCAUCCACGCUCCUGGCCACCUGCUCCUUGGACAAGACCAUCCGCCUGUACUCCCUAAGUGACUUUGCUGAACUGCCGCACUCCCCGUUGAAGUUUCACACGUAUGCCGUCCACUGCUGCAGCUUCUCGCCGUCAGGACACGUUUUGGCGUCGUGCUCGACAGACGGUACUACGGUACUGUGGAGCGCGCACAGCGGACACACCCUGACGGUGUUGGAGCAGCCGGGUGGAAGCCCCGUGCGCGUUUGCUGCUUUUCGCCGGACUCCACCUACCUGGCAUCAGGGGCUGCCGAUGGGUCUGUUGUUUUGUGGAACGCACAUUCAUACAAAUUAUAUAGGUGUGGUAGUGUCAAGGACAGCUCAUUGGUGGCCUGUGCGUUUUCUCCUGACGGAGGCCUCCUUGUCACUGGCUCCUCGGGAGGGGACUUGACAGUGUGGGAUGACAGAAUGAGGUGUCUGCACAGCGAGAAGGCACACGACCUCGGGAUCACCUGCUGCAGCUUUUCCUCACAGCCUCUCUCUGGCGGAGAGCACGGCCUUCAGCUUUACCGAUUGGCAUCGUGUGGUCAAGACUGUGAGAUCAAACUCUGGGUUGUUUCUUUUACCCGUGUCUUAGGCUUUGAGUUAAAAUAUAGAAGCACACUAAGUGGGCACUGUGCCCCUGUUCUGGCCUGUGCCUUUUCCCACGAUGGACAGAUGCUUGCAUCAGGCUUAUGGUUUUUCAAGACAGGGUUACUCUGUGUAGCCCUAGCUGUCCUGGAACUCAUCUGUAGACCAGGCUGGCCUUGAACUCAGAGCGAUCCACCUGCCUCUGCCCCGUGAGUGCUGGGAUCAAAAGUGUGCACCGCCACCACCCAGCCGUUUUGAUGUAUUUCAACAACAGAUUUUCUCUCCGUGUGCUUCUUCUAAGAUGGCCACAGGUGAAUUACACCCGUUUCUAGGGUAAACCAACCUUGCUUGCACCAGAUAGGCUAGGCCGUAUUUAAGCGGUCUGUUGCUGUAGAGAAAGUUACCUUUCAGUCUUGUCACUCGGGAUGUGAGUCGUGGUUUUUCCUUCUGGAUGGUCCUAAAACUUGUGGUGUGCGGUGUUCCAUAUACUCACAUUAGUGUACCUACAUGUGGGCUUAGUUUUACCUUACUGGGACUUUUUUUUUUUAAUCAAAUGAGGUGAGGUGAGGUGGGGGGCAGGGCAGCAUGCUCUCUGUAAGAGUGGGUUUUCUUCUUUUGCCACAUGGGUACCAGGGACUGACCUCAAGUCCUCCGGCUUGGCCCCAGGCACCUUAGCUUACUAAGCCCUCUGGCCAGACCAGAGUGCACUGGUUGGCUGGAAGUUGCUAUGCAGACCAGGCUGGUCCUGAUCACCUCUUGGUGAUCGUUCACCUGUACCUCCUGAGUGAGGAGACUGCAUGGUGCGAACCAGCAGCCAGCAGUGCUAAGAAUCCUUUCAGCUUCCUAACUCUGUGGAAUGAUAUUCCAGCAGUUUUUAGAAAUUCUCAUUUCUUCUGCUGUUGCUCUUGUCCCUUUCUCCCUCUAAGAGCCCAGCUGAGUGCGAACUGUACCUUUAAACCGUGUUAUGUCUUUUAGCCUCUUUUAUAUUUUUGUUUUUAAUCUCUCAAUUUUUUUUUUUUUAGGUAUAUGAGUGUUUUGUCUGUGUAGUGCAUGUGUGCCUGGUGCCCGUGGAAGCCAGAAGAGGGUGUCAGAUCCCCUGGGACUGGACUUAAAAAUGGUUGCGAGUCACCGUGUGGGGGCUGGGAAUCAAACAGGUCCUUUGCUAGCUCAGCCAAUGCCCUUAACCCUGAGCCAUCUGUCCAGCCCAUUUCUAUCUUUCUAUAUUUCAUUCUUGACUUCUCCCUUACUAAUGCUUUCUUCAACUACUGUGCUUCUUAAAAUUUUUAAUUAAUUAAUUAUUAAUUAUGUGUAUGUGAAUGUUUUGCCUGCAUGUGUGUGUUCCAAGUGCACUUGUCCAAUGCCCUGGAGCCGGAGUUAUGGGUGGCUGUGAUCUACCAUGUGGGCGCUAAGAAUAGAACUCAAGUCCAGUGGAGGAGCAGCCAGUGCUGUUAGCUGCUGAGCCAUCUCUCUAGCCCCUACUGUGCUACAUUUAAUAGCCUCCCGACCUAGAAUUUUGCUUAAACUUCAGUUCUGAAGUUUCUAGUCAGCUUUUUAUUUUAAAAGGCUCUUUUGACAAGUUUUAUGAUUUCCUAUUCUCAAUUGGAACAUUGCUUUCAAACCUUUAUUUUAUGAAGCUUUAUUUGAACAUAUAUGACUGGUUCAAUUACUUUAUAAUCUUUUUUCCUUCAUAAAAUUUUUAUUAUAGUUUGACAGCCUAGCCACUUUUCAAAUGAAAACAAAAAAUAUGAUUGCUUUGUUGUUUAGAUUAAAAAGAUUCUUAGACACUUGCGUAAGACAGGCUCUAUCCCCCUUUGACAUUAACUUUCAAGAUUUAUUUUAUUGUGUAUACUUACGGCUGACCAUAUUGGGUGCGUGCAAGUGCAGGGACCAAGAUGCCAGCAGUGGUAGCACACCCUGGUGAUGGCGAGGGCUCUGGGUGCUGAACUCAGGUCUCCUGCAACAGCUCUGUACUGUCCCUGGCCCCGAGUUGACAUGACCUCUGCUGUCUUUUGGCGAUGCUAGGAAACAAACUCAGCACCUUGCCUGUGCCAGGAGAGUGCUCUAUGCUGAGCUAACCCCAUGACUGACUUACUGUUCCUUUGGAGAGUGGGAGGAGCUUUGCUUUACUGCCUAAACAUUCUUGAAAUUCAGUGUGCGCCAUGGCUGGAAAAGCCUUCUGGGGGAAUUCACCCGUUUGCCUUUGUUUGUCAUAUUUAUUGUUCUGGAGUGAAAUGGCACAUGAUUCUCUAUAUUCUAGACUUAAUAUUGCCUGCUCUGCACCUUUACAGAGUCCGUAACAGUGAAAUUAGAUUACCGCAUUUGUCUCCUUUCCGUGUGGUCAAAUUCAAAUAUUUGCAUGUACACACACAGACACAGACGUGUACACAUAAUAAGCACAUAAGUAAAUAAAUAAUGAUAAAUCUUUUAGGAAACUCGGUGUCUUUAAAUAAGAGCAAACAGAGCAGUGGGACAGGAGGGAACAGCAGAGCCAAGCCCCAGAAGGAUCGUACGCCUCCUACGUUCUCACAGACAGCCCACAAGUGCUCUGGCCUAAGACUGGAGGGAUACAUGGAUUUAUACUGUGACAGCACUUCUGGGAGACAGAUAUAGGAACAGGGGCCAAGUUUUGGUUGUCAUGCCUUGCAUGGAUCCUACCACCCCAUCUUAACUUGUGGGUUGCAAGCCCUUUGGGAGUUAAACGACCCUUUCUCAGGGGUGACAUAUUGGAUAUUCUGCAUAUCAGAUACAUCACAACUCAGACCAGUAGCAAAUUACAGCUAUCAGCUAUGAAGUAGCAGUGAAGAUCGUUUCAUGGUUGGGGUCACCACACCAUGAGGAACUGUCUUAAAGCCUCUCAGCAUUAGGAAGGUUAAGAACCACGGGCUAGAACCUUGAGCUUCCGAAGCCCUAGAAAAGCGGUGAGUGUGGCUGAAGUGGAGGGCUGGCUCUCUUACCAGCCAAGGGGGAUGGAAGUCAGUAAGAUUCACUUUGAUUUAAUAGCAUAAAAAUGAUACAGUAUUUCUGGCUUAUGAGUUUAUGAACUGAAAAAUAUAAUAGCUGAAAGAAUUCAACAAUGAAGUACCCUUUUGAAAAUAUAGUACAAAUGUAAUUCUGGAUAAAUAACAGUGUUUACUUGUGUUGUGAGCUACACAGAUGUACAGUUCAAGCUAUAUACAGUGUAUCAGAUAAACACAUAUCCUAGUAGAAUAGAAAUAGUGCCGUAUGUUAUAAAAAUUUUGUAGGUAAAAGUUCUUACUUUGGUUUGCUUUUGUCACUAUGACCAAAUUUUUUCCUUUUAAAUUAUAUAUAAUUUUAAUAUGUAUUCUAUAUUGUGUGGGUUAGUUCACAAUGCCACUCGGUUUUCUUUCUUUUGGUGAUGCUGGGACCUGAACUUGGGCUCAUGCACAUUAAGCCCACUCACCACCACUGAGCUCUCUGUGUUCCUAGCUCUGCCACUGGAUCUUCUAAAUCUAAAGACUUCUAAAUCUUCUAAAGACUCCCAGGCUGUGACAGUCUUACACACAUGCAAGGCUUGUCACAGUAACUCAGACCAAAGCCAAGAUACCCAUGCUCCUAACUUCUGCUUAAAACAUCUGGCCCAUGGCUGUUGGAUCUUUUCCCCAGGUCUUCCUGUUCUUGCCAAUCAACCAACCAGCCAACCAGUCAUAUUUGCCACUAUUUCAGAUGUUCAUUUCAAAAGAUGAAUAGUGUUCGUCAAAAAACCAUAAAGCUGUGCGCCAUGGCACUGUGGUAAUAACUCCAUUACCGAGGAAGCUGCAACAGGGGGAUUGUGAGUUUAAAGCCUAGGGUGAGCCUUGCAGACAGAAAAAGCCAAUUCUUUGUUGACCCGGGAUUCAUAAAAGAGAGCUCGAGUCGAGUUUCUUCUCCUGUCUGAGGGACAGCCUAGUGGACAGAGAGGUUACGAGAGGUUGAACACACACGUGUGGCUGUCUCAGGCUCUGAGCAAGGAACAUGCUCUGCAGGACAUGGGGACUUGUGAGUGCCAGCCCUCAUAGUUGACGUUCAUGAUGGUCGCACUGGGGCCUGGUGGCUCCCUUCCUUCCAAACCACAGGCUCAGCGCUGCGGCUGCUGGAUGUCGUUUCCAGUUCCUCUCAUAGCUCAGCAGUUCUCUCUCACUGGUGUAUUGUGUCACUCUUCGGUGGCUGGCAUUUUAUAACAAAGUUACAAUGUUGAGUGCUCUAGGUGUAUGCCGUUGCUCUAGGGCAGUGGUUCUCAGCCUUCCCGAUGCUGCAACCCUUUACUACACUUCCUCAUGGUGUGGUAGCAAAAAUUGUUUUUGUUGCUACUUCCUAACUGUAACUUUGCUACCAUUACAAAUUGUAAUGUAAAUAUCUGAUAUAUGACCCCCCCCCCCAAAAGGGGUCAUGACACGAGUCGAGAACCACUGUUCUUUGUCCCACUCGACUCUUUUUUCUGGAUGUUUUUAGUUCAUUUGGAUAUGCAGAAAAGUGAGCGAUUUGAAAUUAUAAGUCGGCGAAAUAUAAGUAUUUAAGUUCUUAAAGUGGCUACUGGGAGAGAGGGGCAGAUGAGUGGUUAAUAGGAGAGCAAGGUUUCAUAUAUACUCAGUCACUGGGAGACAGACUGCAGGCCUGAGAAGGGAGAGCCAAUGCCCAAAGCAAGAGGAAGCAUGCGCACUUCUGUGUGUGCACGCAAAAAGGCUCAAAGGCAAAUGAGUGCCAAGAGUGGGACCUAGAUUGGCAGCUCUAAGCAGAGAUGGGGAUAAUGUGGAAAGUGGUAGAAUUUAAAUAUGCAGAUAGGCGGAUAUAAAGGUGGAAACUUUAUUUUCUAGAAGCUCUUCUGGAUUAACAUGUAUUAUGUAAGUCUGCUUGACCUCACUGCAUUAGAAUACUGGAGGCCGGGUAACUUACAGAGAAAAGGAGUGUGGGGUUAGAUGGCUUAGUGACUCAGAGCUCCUGCUGAUCUUCCAGAGGACCUGAGUUCAUUCUGCACCUUGUCAGCAGCCUUAACUCCAGCCUCAGGAGAUCUGACACCCACUCUUGGUCUCUACAGGCACCCGUAUGUGUGUGGUAUACACACAACAUAUGUAUAUAUAAAUAUACAUAAAUAAAUUUUGCCUGGAACUCAUUGUCUAUCCUUGAAUUCACAGAGACCCACCUGCCUCUGCCUCCCAAGUGCUGAGAUUAAAGGUGUGUACCACCACACACAGCCAAGAGAUGGUGCUGAGAUAGUCAGCCAAAGCAGGACUCUCGGGGGUCAGGUGCAAGCUUUAUUACAGCCUGCUUGCAGAACUGACUUGGAGUUCCAAAAGAACCACCCUAGUCUCUUGAGAGGAGGGCAACCAGGAACCUAAUGGUCCUCCACCAAGGCCUUCCUCUUCAGAAGCCUACUUCCUCUUCCGUCUUCAUGCUGAGAAUCAGACUAACACAUUUGUGAUAACCACAAACAGAAUCAGUGCAGUUAGCCUGGGGAAAAAAGGCUCAAGGAAUGAGAGACUUCAUGGUCUCAGGCCAAAGUAAUCCCAGUUGAGCCGUAGAAGCUGCCUUCCUUUUCCCUUUUGUGUUCUAAAGAACAUAACCCAGGCUUCAUUUAUGGUAGGUAAGCGCUCUUCCCCUGGCCUGUGACCCCAGCUCUCCUCCAGCUUCAGAAGCAGUUCCAACAUGUAAGACCCGUCACAGUAUUGAAGGCAUAGCAAAGAGUCAAGUCACAAUGUGAGUCAGCGAUUCUCUUGAGGACCUCCUAGGAGCUUGUGGGCAUUCUCUCUAUCCCUCCUUCAGUACAGCUUGAGAAUUUCCACUCUGAAAGGCAAAAUUCUCAGUCUUCAGCCUUCUGAGUGCCAGCAAGAUUCCCAGGGCUGUGCAGCUUGGAGCACUUCUGCUUUCGGGCUCUCAGUUUAGGGAUGUGAAGUCCCUCGAUACAAAAUAGCAGGAAGUGUAUACAAUUCCAAACAGAAACACUUCUGCCCGAAACAUUUCAGACAAAGGAUACGCAGCAGCACGUAUUAGGAAUUAAAAACAGACAACUCUGUAGUGUUUCUAAUUUGCUUAAACACAAAUGGUGACCAUGGUGAUCCUGUGUGUCUCUGGGUUUUCCGUCUGUAGAUUCAGUCAAACACAGAUGGACGUUACCGGGGGAAAAAUCCAACCUGUGCUGAUAUGUACAGACAUUAUACUUGCUAUUCCCUCAACAAUACAGUAUAGCUAUUAUAACAUUUGCACUUCGUUAGGAUAAGAGCAAUACAGGGAAGAGUUACAGUAUAUGCAGGGCAUGGGUAGGGUGUGUGCAAAUACAUUACCAUUUUAUAUAAGGGACUUGAACACAUGUGGAUUUUGUUAUCUGUAGGACCCAGAAGUGGCUUGGAAUCCCUCUCCUCCGCCCAGGUGAUUGUCAUAAACACAUCACAUACUUGCACGGUUUCCAAGGAGAUUUUAAAGCAAACGGUAGUGAGAGUGGCAUUGUUUAAAUCUGUGGUGACCUUCCCAGUGCCUGGCUUGGCAGACACUUGGGUGUCCAUGCCUGUCUCACACAGUUGAUUUGCCUUCAGGCCCAUGAUGCCAGCACCUGCCAUCUAGAAAAGUCUGGAGAAGCUUGCUUCCCCUUCGUGCUCUCUGGUCCCUCCGGAAGCAGCUUUCCCCUGACCCUCUGCAGAACUUGUGUUCUGUUCACCCUGUGCUCUGGAGCCAGCAAGUGCAAGGAGCAUUGUAUGUAAACAGCAAAAUCUGUCCUUGCAGUUCACCUAGAGGCUCCUGCUCUCCAUGAUCUUAGGGGUUAGGUCACCACAGAAGCCAGCAUUAAAAGGCCUCGCAAAUCUGUAAAGAGGUUUGAGUUACAAAAAUAAAAAAGGAUACUUUGUUUUCUCCUUGUGUUGAAAAGUGAGAAAAACAACAGGAACAACAACAAAGCAGAUUCCAUGCCUUUGGCUUUUGGGCAGCAUGAGUCCCACACUUAUUAAUUAAUAUUAAUUAGAUCAUAAAUUAUAGUUAUUAAGAUCAUAAAUCAUAAUCAGAUCAGAAAAUAGGAAGUGCAGUGGGAGCUGAGCCACAUGGCCCAUUGCCUUUCCCCAAACUCCAGUUGGUCUUAUUUCUGGCUGCAAGAAGGAAAGAACCGGGAGGCCAAACACCUUAUUCCCCAAAACACGAGUUCCUUCCCCCCACCGAGGCACCUGUUUCUCUUAUUCUGCAAGUGAAUGCUGGGGUCCUAUGUUCUGUGAAUCAGCUAACAGUUCCCUUAUACCGGCAGUGGCUUAACAGGACAGUCCCUAAAACUCAGUCCCUGUCCCACUCGCUGCCCCGGUCCAGUACUCACAGAAGUCACUGACAGUAGUCCCGCUUCCUAAGGGACACCGCAUCUGAGGCAGCAUCACCAAGUGGGAUUCCCUUUUAGUCGCUGACACCCAAGCCAGUGUAUACAUUUGAGACACCGAGUCAUGCGGACGAGCGUGGAGGGUUGUUUUUGACGUAAACUUACCAUGAAUGGGCUCUGGUGAGAAUGGCUACCAUUCCUUUAGACACUCAAGUGGAUUUGAGCGUGUGUGCAUGUGUGUGUGUAUGCGCAAGCAAGUGUGCAUAUUUUGACCCUAAGAAUUGGUCUUUCGUGACGUCUUUAACAUCUAAUAUGAUGCAGCUGUUCUUUUUCUUGGAUUAUCGAUUACCAACACUGAUGUUGCUCUACCAUGUUACAGUCUGUCUUUUAUUUAUUUUUUAAUUUUUAAUUUUUAUUUACUUUUUGGCUUUUCGAGCCACGGUUUCUCUGUGGAGCCUUGGCUGGCUUACUGUGAACUUACACUGCAGACCAGGCUGGCCCUGAACUCUCAAGAGAUUCACCUGCCUCAGCCUCUUGAAUGCUGGGAUUAAAGGUGUGCGCCAACCCAGCCUGACAUGUUUUGAUGUCACCCCUUAGUGUUUAUUUAAAAGAUAAUAAAAUAUGGACUUUUCCAUAGGAAUUUUAGAUAUCCCAGAAAUGAUAACUUAUAAUUUACAGAAUUUAGGACUAAGUGAGAAUGUCUGUAAAUUAUGUCUGGCAUAACAAUAUUUGGUAACUUUCCUACUGUUUUAGAGUUCUUGUAUGUGGAAUGUAUUAUAUGCUUCCUGUCUUAGAGUUGAAGUUUUCAAGUAUAAUUCUUACUUUGAAUUUAUGAGGAAGGUUCUGGGUCUAGUAUGCAUUGCUAGUGUUCGGUCACGUACUGAACAAGGAGUUAAGGUAACAGGUGUGUCGCCAUUACUGUAGCCCGCUCCAUUUUCAUAAUGAUGGAUACAGACAGUUACAGAGUCCAUGUCAGCACUCACCUUGCUGACCUUGCCCUGUGCGUGGUGGUGGCAGAAAGACUCUAAGGGUGGAAGAUUUAGAAAUGACAUUUUUUUUUUAUAGAAUAGUGUUUAUUUAGGGCAUGGGGAAGGAAGUUGAGGGAGUAGAGACAGGGAAAGGCAGAGAGGUGGGGCGAAAUGACAUAUCUUAAUCGUGUAAACCAAGUGCAUUGGUAUAGUGUCAUGGUUUUUUCUGUAUUGCAGUUCUUUUUCCUACAAGAAGAGUCCCUCCCCGAUAUGGCCUGUCCAUUCCAAAUGCCUAGUGUCAGCCUUCCCCAUUUUCCAGGAAGCAGCACUUGGUUUUUACAGAGCUUGUCACUGUUGCUCUCUCUCUCUCUCUUG